CAUCGAUUACAUAAAAUGCCUUGUCCUUUCUUGGGUUCAAUGAAUCAAGCAUUCGUGCGAAAUUAUGGCAGCGUACUAAUGAAACAGUACGGUAACUUGUGUCCGAUACUUACCAGAGGCUUUCGUACUCUCGGCGUCGACGAAACGAAAUGCCCUUUCAUUCAGAAGAACUCGAUCGUCUCCGAGGCACCGAAGGAGAUGUCCGAGGACAUCGUGGAGAAUGUUCCUACUUAUCAGUAUGACAAAUUCUUCAGUGAACAGAUCAAUGCUAAGAAGAAGGAUUAUUCCUAUCGCAUAUUCAGGAAGGUUUCCCGAUUGGCGGCCGAGGGUAUGUACCCUCAGGCCCUCGAAGGCGCCGAGAACCGCCGUGUGACUGUGUGGUGCGCCAACGACUACCUGGGCGCCUCGCGACACCCCUCCGUGCAGGACGCGGCGAUCUCGGCCAUCAAGUCGUACGGUACGGGAGCAGGCGGUACUCGCAAUAUCGCCGGUAACUCGCAAAUGACGGAAAAACUCGAAUCUGAAAUAGCUAAACUCCACAAAAAACCCGCCGCUUUAAUCUUUAGUUCCUGCUUUGUCGCCAACGACGCAACCCUCUCUACUUUAGCAAAAAUAUUGCCCGGCUGCAUAGUGUACUCGGACGCGGGCAAUCACGCAUCUAUGAUACAGGGAAUAAGAAACAGCCGAGCACCAAAGCAUAUAUUUAGACAUAAUGACCCGAGCCACUUGAGAGAGUUGCUAGCCGCAUCCCCCGCUGGUGUACCGAAACUAGUCGUUUUUGAGACUGUUCACUCCAUGAGUGGAGCUAUUUGUCCCUUAGAAGAAAUGUGUAACAUAGCUCACGAAUACGGAGCCCUGACGUUCGUCGACGAAGUCCACGCAGUGGGUCUAUAUGGGAAGCACGGAGCCGGGAUAGGGGAGGAGAGGGGGGUGGAGCACUUAAUCGACAUCGUAUCUGGAACUCUGGGAAAAGCGUACGGCAACGUCGGAGGAUACAUCGCGGGGUCGGCGCUACUGGUGGACACCAUACGAUCACUGGCUCCAGGGUUCAUCUUUACGACGGCGCUGCCUCCUCCCGUGUUGGCGGGCUCGCUGGCCGCGAUCCGGUUGCUGGCCGGUGAGGAGGGCCGGAGUAUGAGGGCGAAGCACCAAGCCAUCGUACGCUACUUGAAGCUGUCGCUGUUGGUGGCGGGGCUACCGCAGAUGCCGUCUGUGAGCCACAUCGUGCCCGUGCCCAUCACGGGUGCCGAUAAAGUAGCACGCGUGGCUGCAUCGCUGAUGAGGCGCGGCCACUACGUUCAGGCCAUCAACUACCCGACAGUGGCGCGCGGUACAGAACGCCUACGGUUCGCCCCCGGCCCGCACCACACGCCCGAAAUGAUCGAUACCCUCGUCACAGCUCUCAUCGACUCCUUCCACGAGAACGACAUCGAUUUUAAUCAGUUCGUGGUGAAUGGCGCAUGCCGCGAGUGCAGCAUGGAGUACAAGGUGGACGUCGCCUACGAGGAGCCCGUCAAGUACCCCGUCGCCGCGUAGACGUUUAAACCAAUAUUUAUUCUGAUCGACGUAUUUUAAAGGAAAUGAAAUAAAAAUAAAUGUUGAAUAAUUAAAAAGUUUAUUUUGAGUCGUUAUUUAUGGUUUGUGGUUUGGUAGGGGUAAUAAAACAGCUACAAGUA